GCGGUGCGGGCCGGGCUGCGGCGGCGGCGGCUAGCGGGGCUCGGGCGCUCGGAGCUCGGCGGCAUCGCGGCGUGGGGUGCGGCCCGCGGACUCAGCCUCGGGCCAUGGACUCCCAGAAAGAAGCUCUGCAAAGGAUAAUUUCAACUCUGGCAAAUAAAAAUGAUGAAAUUCAGAACUUUAUUGAUACACUAAAUCAAACACUACACGGGGUACAGGAAAAUUCAGCUAACAUACUUUCAGAAUUAGAUGAAGAAUUUGAUAGUUUAUACUCUGUAUUGGAUGAAGUGAAAGAAGGCAUGAUUAACAGUAUCAAGCAGGAACAAUCUCGUAAAUCACACGAGUUACAGAAUCAACUUGGUCAAUGCAGUAAUGCUCUGGAGAACUCUGAAGAACUACUAGAAUUUGCAACACGGUCAUUAGGUAUCAAGGAGCCUGAAGAAUUUUCAAAGGCUGCCAGACAGAUCAAGGAUAGAGUAACAAUGGCUUCAGCUUUUCGCCUUUGUUUGAAACCAAAGGUUAGUGACAACAUGAGUCAUUUAAUGGUGGAUUUUUCUCAGGAAAGGCAGAUGCUACAAGCACUGAAGUUUUUGCCAGUUCCCAAAGCUCCAGAAAUAGAACCCACAGAGUGUCUGGUGGCUGACAAUGCUGUAACAGUAGUUUGGAAAAUGCCAGAAGAAGACAAUAAGAUCGACCAUUACACACUGGAACAUAGGAAGACAAAUUUUGAUGGACUUCCACGCGUAAAAGAUGAGCGAUGCUGGGAGCAAAUUGAUAAUAUUAAGGGUACCGAAUAUACACUUGCAGGUUUAAAAUUUGAUUCAAAGUAUAUGAAUUUCAGAGUUCGUGCUUGUAACAAGGCUGUGGCAGGAGAGUAUUCUGAUCCCGUGACUCUAGAGACCAAAGCACUUAACUUUGUUUUGGACAACUCAUCAUCCCAUUUAAACCUGCGAGUUGAAGAUUCCUGUGUUGAAUGGGACCCCACUGGCGGAAAAGGCCAAGAAAAUAAAGUUAAAGGAAAAGAAAACAGAGGCAGUGUCCAUGUUACUUCACUGAAGAAACACUCAAGAAGUGGUACGCCAUCCCCCAAAAGGACAUCCAUAGGUUCUAGGCCACCAGCAGUAAGAGGCAGCAGAGAUCGUUUCACUGGGGAAUCCUACACAGUGCUGGGAGACACUGCUAUUGAAAGUGGACAACAUUACUGGGAGGUCAAGGCCCAGAAAGAUUGUAAAUCCUACAGCGUGGGAGUAGCAUAUAAGACUUUGGGCAAGUUUGACCAAUUGGGAAAGACAAAUACCAGUUGGUGUAUCCAUGUCAACAACUGGCUACAAAAUACAUUUGCAGCAAAGCAUAAUAAUAAAGUCAAAGCCUUGGAUGUUACUGUUCCAGAGAGAAUAGGUGUCUUUUGUGAUUUUGAUGGGGGUCAACUUUCCUUCUAUGAUGCAAACUCAAAGCAGUUGUUAUAUUCCUUUAAGACAAAAUUUACUCAGCCAGUGCUACCUGGUUUCAUGGUUUGGUGUGGUGGACUGUCUUUGAGUACCGGAAUGCAGGUUCCAAGUGCUGUGAGAACACUUCAGAAAACUGAAAAUGGAAUGACCGGUUCAACUGGCAGUCUAACCAAUGUUACUCAGUAAUGCUACUCAGAAUUGUGUCCCCCAACAUCUCACCAUUUUGAUUGGGUGGCCCUUUCUGGGUCGUGACUAAUCACAGAACUUAAAAGUGUUGGAAAUCAGGUUGACUACAUUCUGCUUUACAACUUGGAAUCUGUUGGCAUCAUGAAUCUUGUAUGAAGCCUUUAUAGGAACCUAACGUGCAAUACCAUAGAAGCAAGCGUAGACAAAGCAGGAAACUCAUGUAUUGAAAGAGUAAAAUGAAAAAAAAAAGCAGUGUUUAAAUAGGUAUAAAGAAACUCAGUUUUGUGUUUUCUAGGUUACUUUGUCUCUUCCAAUAUGUUUAACUACACAUGGGUAGCCCUAGGGCCUGGGGUUGAAAAGCAUUUAAAUCUUGCCUUUUUGUUAUACUUUUUAAGAAACCUAAUUACUUCCUGUUGUUUUGUUCUUUCACUGAAGCUUUAAAAACACACUGUCCUCUAAGGCUUUGAAAAAUUAAAAUACUUGGUUAUAGUAAGAUUUUCUUAACCAUGUUUAUUUUCCCUGUCCCCUUAGUUUUAAGUUGUUACUGGAGAGAUUAGAAAUAAUUUCUCUUUUUCAGCUAUUGUGAUAGUUCUCUUUUGGUUGAAAGUCAAAACAGAGAAUGGAUAGGAAGUUUCUAGAUAUAUUAGCUUAAAAUUACCUCAGUUGUUUUUUUAUGUCUUCUACACUGAUAGUGACAAAGGAAUAUUCUUUGUUUCCCUGUAUUAGAUUUAUUUUGUCUUUUUUGGGAUGAUAAGAUUUUCCAAAGCUUUAUAUUUUCUUAUUUUGUUGUCUGGUUUAAUAGUUAUGUAGUUUAAUGAAAUCACCUUUAAUAGUUAUCUUUGGUCAAAUUCCCACUUUGAAUUUGGAAAUAAUAAUAAUAUACUGAUUUUUAUCAUAUCUAGUAGGGAUGAAAUUUUAUUAAAAUUAGGAGCUAGAGAGGACCGGAGAGGUAGUUUCAGGGCUUAAGGCACUUGCUUUACAUGUAGGACACUCUGGUUCAAUUUCUGGCCCCACAUGUGGCCUCCUUAGCACUGCCAACAGAGACCCCCCCUUCCCCUCAAAAAAAAUGUCAGAAGGUAGAAAAACUUAUAUUGUUCCACUUUUGUCUUAAGAGGUAUAUGUUAUAAGUGGAGUUGUCUAAAAUUUCUUUAAUGAAGUAAUUCAUGUCUGCUUUUUAAUAAUAGAUGAAAUGACUGAAACAAUUGAAAAAUUGUUUUGAAAAAUUGCAUAUCUGACUUUUUAAAUGUUUUCAAUGAGUUUUCAAACAUUCGGAGGUUAUUUUUCUCUUAAUUUUCUUGCCAAAUUUAAUUUGAUUUUUUUACAGGGAGUCAUUUUUCUGACUAUGAACAUUCAUUUUCAAACUUAGGGGAAAUAUGCUAAAUGGUGGGUAAAACCCAUGUUUUUUGAGCAGAACAAAACUGGGUUUUUUUUUUUUUUCUCAGUUGAUUACAACCUGUAACCAUUCCUUGGAUCCAAACUAAAAGUUGUAAUUACAGUAUUUAAGAAUUUAUUGAGCAUUAUAAAGAGAUCCUUAUUUGUAUUUUAAUUGGUUUUUGAAACUUGUUAUGUCAACUUUCUUUUAUUCUCAUUUUAAGUACCUUUAGCUAUAACACCUUCUCCCAAGAAGAGGCUAUUGCUGCUUACAUUUGAGUUGUCUCUGUAGAAGAGUGAUAACUUUUUUUUCAAGUUUACUGUUAGAAAUUUUAGUCAUAGAUAAAUCCAAAUGAGGAAAACUAUUUGAAUUGGAAUAUCAUUUUUUGGAGGACAUUCAUAUCUGCAUCAUUAUCUAAUGAUAUACUGGUAAUUUUUUAGACAUAAUUCAGUGUAGGAAAUGACAUAUAUCGAGAUACCAUUUUGAUUCUCUAAACAACAUUUUUGCAUUUCUGUUUCUUCUAAGGAUUUUAAGAAAUAUUUGGAUCCUUUGUUAUUCUUAUAAAGAUUAUUCUAGGACUUAAGGAAAUAGGAUAUUAUAAUUCCCUUUCACAGAGUCUAACCUUAAAAGCAGUAGUUUAGUGCUCAGGCUGCUUUAUGUGAAAUAACACUAGUACAUUUUAGCAGAAACAACACAGAAAAAGCCAGAAAUUGUACUAUAAAGUUUUUUACUAAUGUCUUAUAUAAUUGUGUCUUCUCACUAAUUCAGUGCCUUCUUCCUCCAAGCAUACUUUUUCCUCUAAUUCCCCAUGCAGUGUUAACUGAUAUUUAAGCCAGAGACCAUUAUGUUGUACAAAUAAGGGCCUUCUAUUGUAGGGAAAUGGGGAAAAAGAAGUAUUAAUCAGGGGCUGGAGGAAGACAUAAAACUUUAUCAUAUGCUCAUGUUUUCAUUUGAAAUACUUCAUAAAAUUUUUUCUAAUAUUCAUUUAGAAAAUUCACUCAAAAUACUAUGACUGCUUUAAAAUAAGUCUGAGGUCUUCCUCUUGCUGCUUUUUAAAGGUCUCAAAACUGAAAUUUCUGGAGUUUGUGUUUUUUAAGUUUAUGUUAAGAUGGAGAAAUUUUGAUGCCCUCAUGUUCAAACGAUAAAAUAAGCAAUUGUAGUGCCUAAUUUAAGUAGUCUCAAAUUACAUAAGUUGGCCAAAAACAUUGAUGUUUUAAUUUAAAAUAUUGAGUGCUUUUGAUCAAUUACGUACAUCACAGAAAGAUAACAUAACCCUCAAACGUUCUGUUUUUAUUUGUUUUGGGUCACACCCGGCAAUGCUCAGGGGUUACUCCUGGGUCUUUACUCAGGAAUCAUUCCUAGCAGUGCUCAGGGGACCAUAUGGGAUUCCAGGGUUUGAACCCAGGUUGGCCAUGUGCAAGGCAAACGCCCUGCCCGCCGUACUG